AUUUUGACGCAUGAUCCACCGCCAGUAGGGCGAGUCCAGGCACCAUGCAAGCAGUAUGGCUAUGUAGUUUGGAGCGCGACUUGAUGCUUGCAAAUGUCGAGACUGGCGGCGGCAGCUUGCGGCCGCAAACGUCCGAUGCAAGUGUUCGUUCGACCAGCCGUAGUGGAGCCAUGGCAAGCGCCAGCACGAGAAAGUUGAGGCCUCUCGAACCAACGACCGACGAGGCCAAGAAGCGCAGGCAAGCCGAGGGACAUGCAUGCUGGCUGGCAUGGUGCGAGCAAAAGGACGAGAGGCGGAGGGAAGAAGGCUUGGCAAAGCCAUCCACAAUCGACCACGAGAAGAACAAUCACGACUUGCCUCAACGCAGGUCCAAACCUUUGCACCACAACGGGACGGACGCGUUCUUCAUCGAGUGGAAGCGCUCGAAACGGCGGCAACAGCAAGAGCGAGAGGAGGCGCGGGAGAAACAACGGCAGCAUGAGCUCGAUCUGCUCGAGAAGUACAAUGCAGAGAAGCGAGUGAUGAUUCAAGAGCGUCAAGCAUCGCUGGCUCGCUUGAAAAAAGCAGCCAAGAAGAAGAGGAAGCCCAAGAAGAAGCAUGUUGUAGUAGUGCCCCCCGUGAGCUUGCACAAACUGAUGGCCGUGGAGUUCAUGCCGCCGUCGUUUCAAGCUGAAGUGGAAGCGCGAAUGCAGCAUCAACUGAAGUUGCAGGACGAAGAAGCGUCCCACAGCUGCUUUCGCGAUGAAAUCACGACGAAAGAAACAAAGCGCUUCCAAGCCAAGAUCCACUCUACACAUGCCCUUCGCGCCGACUCGCUCGACCAACUGCGGCACUGGGCCAAACCGACGCCCGAUAUCUACCUCCUCGCGUCCUUGCUGUACAAGCUCGUCGCUCUCGAAACACCGUCGGCCAUGCAGUUGGUCGACGUCUGGCGAUGGCUCCCUUGGUCCAUCCUUCAAACGGUGUUUCGGAACGAUUUAGUGCAGACGUUGCAAGCCGUGCCGAUCGCUGACCUAUCCCCGCGCUCCCUGGCUGUGCUGUAUCUUCAUUGCGCCCAACCCCGCUUUAACGCCGACGCAAUCGAAGAACGAUCGGCAGUUGGGUCGGCCCUGCGGAUGUGGGUCCACAACAUCGCUGCUGUGCACGACAUCGUGGACCCUUCGACGCUGCGGGUCAAGGGCAUCGACAGCCUCAGGUCUGGCGGCGUUUCAUGCCGCGACAUGGGCGCCCUCGUCCUGCUCUUGCACGUGUACCCGCACGUGAAUGUGAAAUUGAAAGAUUGCACGAAAUACACUGCCAAGCAAGCCAAGGCGCGCCAAGAAGAUCUCGUGCUCUUGCGGGAACUCUACGCAGAGUUGCCGCCGCGCCCGUCUCGCAAGGACAUGUUUGCGUCCAUGGGCGUGGAUAGCGCCCCCACGUCGGCCUUGAUUGGGAUGCUCGACUUGCCAGACUUCAAACAACAAGCUGUUCCCAAGUCGCGUUCGAAGCUCGCCGCUCGCCUUGCCGCCCGGUUGCGCGAGAGACACGAAUCGGACGAUGCGGCCACGUCGCCGCGUGUGAUGCCCAAAGAGAAAGGACUUCACGGAGACUUUGCCGUGGUGUACAAGCUCUGCAUGCCACCCAAGCUGCAAGAGAAUGCACUUAACCCCGUCAACUACAUUCAACAGAAACGCCACGACUCGAUCCGAAAGCAAGCCACGCCGUGGGCAGCCGCGACUUCACAGCGACCCUCACGCAGCUCCAGCCUUGUUCCGCACAAGAAAUCGUCGACAGCAGAACUCGCACCCCAGAAAUCCACGGCGAUGCGCCAACAACCGCUGGCGCAACAUGUCGAAGUCUCGUUCGCCGACGAAGUGAACGACCAAGCAUUCCACCGUACCGAGUCCCAACCUCCCUUCCUCGCACCACCAAACCAGAUCCUUCCACAUCCCUGUGGCAUCAUCACCGACGACGCAUCGACAGUUCCGUCGCACAUGUCGGGGCGUGUGGCUGACGAUGUCGUUCACGCUGCUGUGUGCAAGCCAGAGGACGCUGUCUUGGAUAUCGAUCCCACAAAUAGUCCCGACAGUCCUUGUCCCAUCAUUUCUCCAAUACCUUCCCCCGUGGCGGCCGUGAUCCAGAUGGAGGAUGGCUGCCUUGGUGACAACUCUCGUGCUGUGCUCGACCAGGCUUGCUGGUCGGACGACGAGGUCGAUUUCGAUGAAGCCGACGCGGACCACCUUUGCGAUGACGGCGUCGGUGACGUCGACGUGCCGCUCACAUCCUCCCGAGUCGACGACGACCUGUACAACCACGAAGUCGAUGCGUUCGAGCCUUAA